UGGUCUUGGCGGCGCGAGCCCGGAAGCGGACGGGGGCGGCGGCGGAGGCGGCUGAGGCGCCUCGGGCGGGCCGGGGUUGCGGCGAGGUCCCAAGACUCGGCUUGUCCGGCGUGUGGCCCGGCAGCCAUGCACCCCCCGGCCCCGGGCCCGUUAGGCGACUGCCUGCGGGACUGGGAGGAGCUGCAGCAGGACUUCCAGAGCCUCCAGGAGACCCACCGGCUGUACCGCCUGAAGCUGGAGGAGCUGAUCAAGCUGCAGAACAGUUGUACCAGCUCUAUCACUCGGCAGAAGAAGCGGCUCCAGGAGCUGGCUCUUGUCCUGAAGAAAUGCAAACCGUCCCUUCAGUCGGAGGCUGAGGAGGCUGCACGGGAACUGGAGAACCAGAUCAAGGAGCGCCAAGGCCUCUUCUUCGAUAUGGAGGCCUAUUUGCCCAAGAAGAAUGGGUUGUACCUGAGCCUGGUUCUGGGCAAUGUCAACGUGACACUCCUGAGCAAGCAGGCUAAGUUUGCCUACAAGGACGAGUACGAGAAGUUCAAGCUCUACCUCACCAUCAUCCUCAUCGUCAUCUCCUUCACCUGCCGCUUCCUCCUCAACUCCAGGGUGACAGACGCCGCCUUCAACUUCCUGCUGGUCUGGUAUUACUGCACGCUGACCAUCCGAGAGAGCAUCCUCAUCAACAACGGCUCCCGGAUCAAAGGCUGGUGGGUUUUCCAUCAUUACGUGUCCACCUUCCUGUCGGGAGUCAUGCUGACGUGGCCUGACGGCCUCAUGUACCAGAAGUUCCGGAACCAAUUCCUGUCUUUCUCCAUGUACCAGAGCUUUGUGCAGUUCCUGCAGUAUUACUACCAGAGCGGCUGCCUGUACCGCCUGCGGGCCCUGGGCGAGAGGCACACUAUGGACCUCACUGUGGAGGGCUUCCAGUCCUGGAUGUGGCGGGGCCUCACCUUCCUGCUGCCCUUUCUUUUCUUUGGACACUUCUGGCAGCUUUUUAACGCGCUGACGUUGUUCAACCUGGCCCGGGAUCCUGAGUGCAAGGAGUGGCAGGUGCUCAUGUGCGGCUUCCCCUUCCUCCUACUCUUCCUUGGCAACUUCUUCACCACCCUGCGGGUUGUGCACCAGAAAUUCCACAGUCAGAGGCGUGGGAGCAAGAAAGAAUGAGCCUGGGCCUUCCCCCGCCCGCCCGGCUCCCUACGACACCCCUGGCCUGGAAGCGGGUUCUGGCCCCUGUGUUGAGGGGGUAGGGGGCUCCCCUCAACCGGGAGGGUCUCUUCUGCUCUCCCUGGGGUGUUGUGGGCUCUGUGGGCCCCAAAGGCUGUGCUGGAGAGGAGGGGCCUGGGCCUAUGGCCCAGGCCUGUGGGGAGCUGGGGGCCAGCAGCCUCAAUAAAGGAAGAGCGGCACAGA